CCUCCCUCCUCCAUCUUACCUACCAUGAUGCCAUACAUACACAUCUCUAGCAUCUACGAUGUCUAACAAAUGCUGAAGACGAUCUCCAGCAGCCGACUCCCCAUCUAAGAUUGACACAUAUAUCCAAAAUUGACAUAAUGUGUAUCUAAAGUGAAGGGCCCUCACUAACAAACCGUUGCCAGAAAACUCCACGUACCAAGGCAAGAGUAAAAGAGAGCACAGUACAGUCCUUACACCUAUAAAUAAAUCUGACUCUCCCCUCCCCUCCCCUCCCUUCUUCAAUGAAACACAAAUAAUACGUGAAUUUAGGAAAUGAACGCCAAAAGUCACAGUAAAUCAACAUACGUGCUAUGGUGCUUAAACUCGAAAACUCACUUAAAUCACAGUGACCGCUGCUCGCUCCACCGUUGCCCUUAGGUGAGGUACAUUUGCACUUCACCAUCAACGGCACACAGUCACUCACUUGUCUCUGAGUUCCUUCUCUGUCUUUCUCCGUGUGUCGUGUCAUUUUUUGCGUGUGUCAUUUUCUGUGUGUGUGUGUGCUCGGUGUGUGUGUGUGCCGUGUCAUUUUUAGGGUUUUGUGUCGUUUUCGGUGUGCGUCUCAUUGUCGGUACGUGCGAUUGCAGCAGUCGAUGUUUUCGUCCGUUGUAUGCAUCGGUGGAUCUGUGGUUAGCUGAGGGGUGUUUUGUGUGGCCUGUGUGUUCGCCUAGCAACGUCGUUUCGCUCCCGACACUGGGGAGCGGAGAGGUGUCUAUGAGCGACCAUCCUGGACACACACAUCUCGCUCAUCUUUGAAGUGGGGCUGCUCCUGGCUGGCCAAACGUUUGCACCGACUGGAUGCGUGAAGUUCUAUAUGUGUGGGUGCACCACCAGCAUGACACGGACGUCACCAGGGGUGCUAGAUGCUAACCCCAGAUAGACUCCCGCCUUGGUGGCUUCCGUGUCGUGCUCGUGACUUCCACAUGUACCGCCGUCUUCCGUCUCGCCUUUGCAGAUCUGCCUGGCUGCGCGGGGCAGUCCCCCUUGCGUGCUUGUUUCAUGUUUGCUCCUUUGUUUCUUGCGUGUUGAAUGGACAUUGGGACUCGGCCAGAGGCCACCCACCGCACCACCUAGGGCCUCGCGUGAAACCGCUGCUUCCGGUGAAACCGCAGUUCGGCGAGCUUUCCAAGAGGCAGAUCUGGUGAGAAGCUGUCUUCCCUGAGCAGUCCGCGCCACUCAGUCGAUAUUAUACCGCCUUUCACCUCAACAGCACCCAUGCCACGCGUCACUCACCUCCAGGCUCCUGUUCAGCAUCGAAGGCAGCCUGAGGCUGUUUACUCGAGGGGCUUGGGGUUCAGAGAGGCAGAUGAGCUAGGAGAGGCCGUCAACCUCCUCAUCAGUCGAGCAGCGAGGGCCGUCACAUGCUUGGUCGACUCGCUUACCGCGCUGCUGGUCAUCGUGCUUCAUCUCGGUGGCGCAAUGGUCGACAGCGACAACUCAAUCACAUUAGGCGACCUCAUCUUCCUCCCUGUGGACCUGCUGUAUGCUGUGCUUGGCAUUAUUGGUGAGCCUGAGUGAAGGAGGGCCGGGAGACUGACUGGGCUAGCAUCUGUACUCCUGUGAGAUCUGCAUCCAGGCAAAAAGCACACAGCUGCCUCCUGCUGCUGACUGUGAGGAGUCGCCUGAGUGCACGCGACCUUUCGAAUUGGUGCGCACAGACAUCUGUGGCCCGAUGCCGAACUCGUCGCCAGGCGGCUUUCAGUACUUCAUCACGCACACGGAUGAAUACACCAAGAUGGUGGCGGUGUACAUGCUCAGAACCCGAAAUGAGUCGGCAGCUGCGCUGAGGCGGCUGUGCGGCGAAUGGGGCAAGACACCUGAAACAAUCAGAUCAGAUUGGGCUCAAGAGCUCUCUGCUGGUUCGUUUGAGCAAGAGUGUAUAGAUAGGGGCAUCAAACGUCAGUUUAGUGCGCCCUACACACCUCGUGAGAAUGGUGUCGCCGAGCCAAUGAACCGCACACUCUUGGAGAAAGGGACGGCCAUACUCCUUCGUCAUGGCAUCACCACGGCCUUCUGGCCGUUUGCCAUCGACACAGCGGCAUAUCUGAGGAACAGAAUGCCAACGGAGAGCCUCUCAGAGGACAAAACGCCAUAUGAGAUGUGGCAUGGCCGCCGGCCUUACCUGGGCCAUGUGCGUGUGUGGGGCUGUCUUGGCUAUGUCCAUGUGCGGAAGCCCUUCAGAGCACACAAGUUUGCGGCCAGGGCAGUUCCCAUGCUGCUGAUAGGCUACGAUGGUCGAACCAAGGAUGCCUAUCGCAUGUGGAACCCCAAAACAAGACGCGUCAUCAUCUCGCGUGAUGUUCGUUUCCUCGAGAAGCGCACCUGGCAUCGACGGCUCGUGCCGGCCAGCUGGAAGGCCACCCAUCGACUCGGUGAACCUCUCCAGGCCCGCCCUGAGCUUGUCGACGACCACGCGCAAAGAGGGGAUGGACUGGCCGACUUAGCGCACCAAUCGGCUCGAAGAGGGGAUGUGAUAGUCAACCCUGAGAGCGACCCGAUUGUUGCUGAGAAGCCAGAGAUAAGAGAUGUUGAGCCCGAUGAGGUGGAGGAGAUGGGUGACCUCGAUCAGCAAGGCCAUGUGCAGGCAGGCGGGGAUGAGUCGUUCGAUGGGCCGAGUGGGGCAGGCGACGUCCAAAUGGACGGGCAGUCGAGAGCCAGCAACUCAGAGCACGACCACAUGAUGUAGAUGGGAUGGAUGCCAACCCGGCAUCAGGCCCAGCAGCCCCCCAGCCGAGCGAUGCAGAGAUGGAACUCAUGCCGAUCGAUGAGGGCGAGAUGGCUCUCGACCGACGAGCACCACCAGCCCCUCCGCCAUGGCGCUCUGGACGCGAAAAGCUGAUACCACGACGCUUGUACGAGGACCAUCUAUUCGAUGUCCGUGCUGUGCAGGUCGGUGUGGUGAGUGGACCGGUUGUCGUACGUCUGUGUGGGGAUAAGGAGACAGGAAGGGGCCGGGUGGAUGCGAAGAGGGGAGGCGAGGGCUGCCAUUGCCUGGCAGUGAAGGCCUCACGAUGCAUGUGCAAUGCUGGAAGGACCUCUGACGCACCACCAGACUGGUCACACCUGGUCACACAGCAGUCGAGACAGAGAAGUGCUGGCAAGAGACGCUCCCGUGGCCGUGCG